UUGAGCUAACCAACAAUGAACAGGAGAGAGAGAAUGGCAUACCAUCUUCUGGUCUUUCAUUCUCUUCUCUCCUCCUUUGUGAAAGUGCAACCACAGAGGCCACUGGCAUCAGCCCUCUACAUUUUUGGAGACUCCAUUAAUGACAAUGGCAACAACAAUUUCAUAGCUGCACUGGCCAAGGCAAACUACCCGCCAUACGGAAUUGAUUUCCCCAGUGGUGCCACCGGAAGGUUCACCAAUGGCCUCACGACCACAGACAUAAUAGCUCAGCUACUGAAAUUGCCGCUUCCUCCCCCAUACCUGAGCCUCUCUGCAACAAACACCUCCAAGAUCCUCACCGGAGCCAAUUAUGCCUCUGGAGGGGGUGGCAUUCUAGAGGAGUCCGGCAGUCCACUCCAAGCACGACUGUCCUUCAAUCAACAGCUCAAUCUCUUUGAGAAGACAGUGCAACAAGAUCUCCCGCCACUGUUCAACAGCUCCAGAGCACUCCAAGACCAUCUCGCUAAAGCCAUAUUUGUGGUUGAAUUUGGCACCAUCGACUAUCUCUUCAACUAUCUGCUUCCUGAGUUCUUCAACACCAGUCGAGAUCUUUCCCCACCAGCCUUCGCUAGAAUACUACUGCAAAAUUUCUCUCAACAAUUGACGAUGCUAUAUAAUCUUGGGGCAAGGAAGAUAGUGGUGAUGGGGCUUAGCGCACUGGGAUGCACUCCCAACCAAAUAAUCAGGCAAGGAACUGGAGGCAGUUGCUCUGAUGUCGUGAAUUACCAGAUCAUAGCACCAUUCAACAUCCAGCUUCCCUUUCUAUUGAACAGAUUAAGAUUCACUCUUAGAGGAUCCAUCUUUGUCUUCGAAAAUGUCUUCCGAGCUUUCACCUCGAUCAUCUCAAAUCCUUCCCGUUAUGGGUUUACCAUUACAAACAAAGCGUGCUGUAGCGCCAAUAUGAAUGGAACACUGCUCUGCCUACCCAAUCUGCCAACAUGCACAAACAGGAACCAGUUUGUGUUCUAUGAUGGCAUCCAUCCAACCCAAAAUGUGAACAUCCUCAUGUCACAGGCUUGCUUCAAUGGAAGUACAUAUGUGUGCUCCCCCAUCAACAUUCAACAGCUUGCUCGAGCACAGAUUCCAAAUCGGAGAAAAUAGCUCAAGCUGAUUAUCUACAAAUGUCUCUUUUUGUGUGCAUUGUUCUCUUCGAAUUUAUAACUAGACAAAUAAAAUGAGCGUCAAUCUCUUCCACUGAGAAGUAUUUGAAUGGAAUCCAUUGAAUGAAACUGGCAUCUUCAAUUUUAAUUAUUUAUUAUAAUUAUUAUUUAGAAAAACUGGCAUCGUCAAUUUUAAUUAUUAUUAUU